UCAAAGUAUUUAUAUACAAAUGAAAUCUCAUUGCUCGAAUUCAACUCUGCAGUUAAUUUAAUUUAUCAUCGUUAUUCGGCAGCUACACUUUGAUAAGUCAUAUUUUUAGAGUAGUUAAAUAUUUCCUCAUCAUGUCUUUUUCACCUGUUCCCGUUUGGUUAGAUUGUGACCCAGGUCACGACGACGCAUUUGCAAUUGCACUAGCAGUUAAAAGUUUGGAAUUGAAGGUUUUAGGAGUUUCUAUUAUUCAUGGAAAUGACACCGUGGCGCAUUGCGCAUUAAACGCCAAGAGAUUUAUGUGGGCUUGUGGCAUCCAAGGGGUUUCAGUCUUCCCUGGCGUAAGUCGUCCCCUUGUUCGAGAUGCGAAAUACUGUCCAGAAAUUCAUGGGGUUCAUGGGAAAGAUGGUGUUGCUGGAAUGUGUGGAUUCAAUUUUCCAGACGAGGAAAUUUUUGCCGACCAGACUAACCUGCCUUCUGUGCAGAAUGGAGUUUUGAAAAUGGUGGAAAUUGUGUCUACGUAUCCAGAAAAAGUCACAAUUGUGGCUACAGGGGCGCAAACUAAUUUAGCGAUGGCUAUCCGCUUAUUUCCUACCGUCAAGGAUAACAUUUCAAAGAUAGUUUUCAUGGGGGGAGCAAUUGGUCUUGGAAACACGGGCGUGGCAGCAGAAUUCAACAUGGAAAUUGAUCCUGAAGCUGCCCAUGUAGUUUUCCAUUCUGGAAUUCCACUGGUUAUGGUACCGCUCGAAGUAACGCACAGCGUUCUUGUGACGCCAGAAGUUUUGGCAACGAUUGCAAGAAUUGACGCCUUCAGUCCGUCGUCAUUUGAAGAAAAGACUUGCAAUAUUGGGCAGGAUUUAGGAAAAAGGUUGCAAAUAGAAUGUGAUGAAAUUUAUAAGCGCAUUAAAGAUAUUAAUAACAAGGAGCUGACGGAUGGAGAAGAAUCCAACCUAAAAAUUCCAGAGUGUUCCUCAAACUUUGCAAAAUGUUGUGUCGAACUUUUAACGUUCUUUCGAUCUACGUAUAAAAAUGUAUUUUCCUUUGACUCUCCCCCACUGCAUGAUCCAUGUGCAGUGUUCUAUUGUAUAAAUCCACAAUCAUUUAAAACCGUUAACGUUUUCUUGGAUGUAGAAUUGAGUGGGGAGAAAUGCACUGGAAGGACUUUGUGCGAUUUGCAUGGAUUGAGUAAGAAAGAACCCAACGCCACAGUUUGCUACAGUCUUGAUGUGGACAAGUUUUGGGAGAAAAUGUUUUCAUGCCUAAAAAUUAGCAAUGAAAAAAGCCCUUUGAAUAAGAAGUGAUUAUCGUUAUGCGGUUUAUAUGUAUAUGUGUAGUAAGUAAUAUAUUUUUCAAAGCCCAUAAAAAUGUAAAUAAAAAUAUCACAUGAUGAAAAUUAACAAAUGAAACUCUUCUGUCGUCAUAUUCGUGUUGGGCGAGGAGGUAAAUAUGUACAUAUUUCAUAUAAAAUCGAGGUAUAGACUUAAUGGAGAUUGAGUAAUAUUGGUAGAUCUUCUCAAAUAGGAGAAUAGUAUAAG